UGUUUAUGAUCAGAGUGUGUCGGUAACAUGGGUAAAGUCAAGAAGAAGCGUGGGAAUACAUUUAACUAUAACGUGGAUAGGAAAAAACUCAAACGGAAGGCGAGAAAGAAGCAUGCGCCCAGAAUUCCCUGUGAAACAAUUAGAAAUGCCUGGAACGAUGGAAAGUCUGUUGCCAAGAACUUGGCAGAAAUGGGCCUGGCAGCUGAUCCCAAUAAGUGCCUCCCUGUGCGUCCCAGCAAGGUGAAGGAUGCAGAGGAACAACACAGCAACGUAAUAAAGAAACCAUAUGUUCUAGAAGGGCUCCAAGCGUUAGCCAGCCUGCCUUCCAAACAGACAAUGGGCAUUUCUUCUGACAUGAUUCAUUAUGUUCGGCACAUGGUUGAAAAUUAUGGUGAAGACUACAAGGCAAUGGCCCGGGAUGAGAAGAAUUAUUAUCAAGAUACACCAAAACAGAUCCAGCGCAAAGUCAACUUAUACAAACGACAUCACCCACAAGACUUCCAGGCUAUGAUUACAUCCCACGUAAUGCAAUAGAACAUUUUAUUGUGAAGAAGACAGUCCAUCUGACUGAGGACAUUGCCAUUAGUUGGACAACCCUCAAUCCAGAUCUCAUGGAACAUCAGUACAUCUGCAUCAGCAUUCAGGCCUAGUAUUCAUGAACCUGGAUCAUAUGCCCAACCAGCUGGGAAUAUUUGUUUUUGUUGCAGGGACAUACUGUUAUGAAUACAUGUUAAGACAUUCAAAAGUUAGCACCAAUUCAGUCAUUUUAUUAUAUAUAAAUAUAAUUUUUA